AUGGCGGUGGUGUCACCAUUAGCGAAGUACAAACUGGUGUUUCUCGGCGAUCAAUCGGUCGGAAAAACCAGCAUCAUCACGCGCUUUAUGUACGACAAAUUCGACACUACUUAUCAGGCCACAAUAGGCAUCGAUUUCUUGUCGAAAACUAUGUACCUUGAAGAUCGUACAGUCCGCUUGCAACUUUGGGACACUGCUGGCCAAGAAAGAUUCAGGAGUCUUAUUCCAAGCUACAUUAGAGAUUCUUCAGUGGCUGUGAUUGUCUAUGAUGUUGCCAAUCGGCAGUCAUUUUUGAACACAUCAAAGUGGAUUGAGGAAGUAAGAACCGAAAGAGGCAGCGAUGUUAUCAUUGUUCUUGUAGGGAACAAAACUGACCUUGUCGAAAAGAGACAAGUCUCGAUUGAAGAAGGAGAUGCUAAGGCUCGUGAAUUUGGUGUCAUGUUCAUAGAAACCAGCGCAAAAGCAGGUUUCAACAUCAAGCCUCUAUUCCGGAAAAUAGCUGCUGCAUUACCAGGUAUGGAAACUCUUUCCUCCACAAAGCAGGAGGAGAUGGUGGACGUCAACUUGAAGCCAACUUCAAAUGCAUCACAUAUGGAGCAGCAAGGCGGAGGCUGUGCAUGUUAG